AUGGCAGCUCUCAAUGACAUCCAGAAUUUGAAGGAGGGAAAGCGACUGGAUGUCCUCAAAACACUUGUGGAAGGAAAGCCUGAGCGGCAGGAAACUGAGGCAUCAACCACCAGCCAGUAUCAAACACCAGACAAAGGAAGUGGCGGUGCGAGGCCUGCGGCACAGCUAGCAGAGCCGCGGUGCGGACCGCAGCGCGUGCCCGAAGCUCUCCGCCUUCCCCCGCCCGCCAGCCCGAGGCAGCCCGAGCCCAGCCCGCGGCCCCAGCAGCAGCCCCGAGAGCACCCCAGUAGCAGCGCCGUGGCCGGGUUGAACGCCUACAACGACAACCUCAUGGCGGAAGGGACCUGUCAGGACGCGGCCAUCGUGGGCUAUAAGGACUUGCCCUCCGUCUGGGCAGCCGUCCCCGGGAAAACCUUCGUCAACAUCACGCCAGCUGAGGUUGGUGCCCUGGUUGGCAAAGACCGGUCAAGUUUUUACGUGAAUGGGCUAACGCUUGGGGGCCAGAAAUGGUCUGUGAUCCAGGACUCACUGCUGCAGGACGGGGAAUUUACCAUGGAUCUUCGUACCAAGAGCACCUGCAGAGCCGCCGCCUUCAAUAUCAUUGUUGCCCUGAAUGCCAAGACGCUAGUCCUGCUGAUGGGCAAAGAAGGUUGUGUAGAGAAAGAGUGA